ACCACACUUAUAGCAGACGACGGACGGACAACCGACAAACAACCAUGUGAAGAAGCAAGUUAAUUUUCUCUGCUUUAAGACGAUAUUUUCAAAACCUAUCUCUUUGUGUUUUGUUAUGAUAGGUUGCGGGUAGUAGUUUAUACAAUGAAUAUUUCAAAAAACAUAUUCAAAAAGAUGUUAAGACGAAAGAGUAACAUUUUUCUUAGCUUCUUGCCAUUUGUAAGUAACACAGAUGAACCCGGACAAACACCAACGGAUUUACUUAUCCAACAGCGCUAUGAAGCAUUUUCUCCUUCAAAUGACAUGUCUGGCUGGGAAAGAGUGAAAUUGGGUCUUUUAACCCCUGAUGACAUUGGAGAAUUUGGUCCUCAUGUAUCAGUGAUUACCACAUCAACAUUUUUGGCCGCAAUUGCAGGAUUUGGCUAUGGGGGUUUUCAAACAUCCAGAUCAGCCUACAUGAAUUUUAUGAAAACCAACCAGGCUACAAAGUUUGAUUCACACAUGGAAGCAAAGAGACGGCUGCAAGACAGAGUCAGUAUUGGAUAUUUAAAAGGUGGUACACAACUUGGAUGGAGAACAGGUCUUUUUGCAUUUAUGUUUACGUCUGUUACCAAUGCAGUGUCUCUGUACCGCAAUAAAGAUGGCAUUUUAGAAUACACUGCUGGUGGUCUAAUAGCAGGGAUAUCCUAUAGAAUGCACAGAGGGACACGUGCAGUAAUUGUGGGAGGGAUUUUAGGAUCCACCCUUGGAACAAUUGGAGGAGUUUUCAGUUACUGUUAUCUGAAAUUAUUUGGUGUAACUAUGGAGGAAUUAAGAGAAGCAAACUAUAAGUUUAAUCUUCAGCGACAAAGUUGGAUACAAGAAGGAACGGCUGAAAGUAAUAGAGAGGAUGGCGAAGAAAGUCUACUCAUAGAAAAAAUGGCAAAAGAUAAGAAAAAUCUCACAAUGCCUGAUAACUUAGAAAAUGUUGAUAUUAAAAGUUGACAUUGUUUAUGGUAUGAAUAGUACUGUUGUGAACCAUGUAAUUAAAUGUGAAUUACAAACAGAUAUUUAAUUGUUA